UUUUUCUUUUUUUUUUUUCUUUUUUCUUUUUCUUUCUCGUAUUUUCUUUUCUUAUUAGUCUCUUUUUUAUAUUUUUUUUUUUGACUCUUUUUUAACUUCAACAACUAAUUUUAUCUUAUUUAUCAUGGCUGAUCAACUUACUGAAGAACAAAUUGCCGAAUUCAAGGAAGCUUUCUCAUUAUUUGAUAAGGAUGGUGAUGGUUCCAUUACCUCCAAAGAACUUGGUACUGUCAUGCGUUCUCUCAACUUGAAUCCUACUGAAGCCGAACUUCAAGAUAUGGUCAAUGAAGUUGAUAGUGAUGGAAAUGGUAUGAUUGAUUUCAGUGAAUUCUUGACUAUGCUUGCUAGAAAAAUGAAGGAUACAGAUUCUCAAGAAGAAAUUCAAGAAGCAUUCAAGGUGUUUGACAAGGAUGGAAAUGGUUAUAUCUCUGCGGCUGAAUUACGACACGUCAUGACUUCUCUUGGUGAAAAACUUUCUGAAGAAGAGGUUGAUGAAAUGAUCCGAGAAGCUGAUGUGGAUGGUGAUGGUCAAAUCAACUAUGAAGAAUUUGUCAAGAUGAUGAUGUCCAAAUAAACUCUGAUACACUAUGCAUAUUUAGCUAGUUAGAAUUAUAGUCUUUUCAUUCUUUCCCUCCGUCUCCCUUUUUUUUUUGUUUUUUUAAAAUCAAAUAAACUUUUAUAUACAAUCUU